AAGAACCGAGGACGUUUGAACUAAUCACCAUCAGCAUGUUUUCAACGUCAAACUCCUGCAAAGUGACGGCUGCCUGUAUGGUAGCGAUGAUGAUGAUGGCGAUGAUGAUGGCGGAGGUGACAGCCCGGCCGAAAGGAGGCAGCCAAUCGAAACACCAAACAAAGGGACACAAGAAGUCCUCUGAUGAUGCAGCAGUCGAAACCAUGGAAACCGUCCCCCUGCAGCUCGACCCGAACACUAUGGUUCCCACCAGAAUCAUCAGACCGCUGGCGCUGGAGAACGCCUCCAUCUCCCCGUGGACGUACAACGUGUCCCAUGAUGCCUCUCUGCACCCUCCGCUGCUGUCGGAGGCUCACUGUUUGCUGCAAGGCUGUCUGGACAAGGAUGGCGUGGAGGACCUGAGCCUGGAGUCCAGACCCAUCCUGCGCCAGGUGCUGCUGCUGCGCCGGGUCAAGUCGAAGGAGGCGGGGUCAGAGCUCGGCUACCAUUACCGCAUGGAGUACCGCCUCAUGGCCGUGGGUUGCACCUGUGUCCGACCCAUCAUCCAACAUCAGGACUGAGACCUGAACCAGCUGCUGGGUCAGUUUGACUGAAAAUCAAAGUCAAAAGUCUAAAAAAUGAAGACAUCACACCAAAAUAUGUCUUAUUUUCAUUAUUAUUCUCAUUAUUUAAUAAUUCAAAAUACUCAAAAGACGCCUUGUUAGUCAGAAUUACUUGCAUCUCAUAAUUUAUACCUUCUGUUGUCACUAUUAUCAGCUCUUAUGAUGAAGUUUUAUUUUAUAAUUUCCGACUUUUCAUCAAUAUGUUUCAUAUAAUGUGCUCUAUUUAAGUUUAUUUAAAUUACAUAUUAUUUAAAUGUUAUGAUAUUGAUCCUC